AUGUCAUUCAACUCCCAACGGCAGUUUCAAUUGUUUGACAAUACACCGAUACGGGAUCCUCAUUUUGGGAGCGAUGUACCUCUUUACUCUGACCCUACGUUAUCUGCUGUUACUCCCUUGGGGAAUGGCAUUAUUGCCAUUGCAGUCAGGUCUGUGUACAUUCAAACGAUUGAUUUAAAAAAUUCGACCAUUAUUGUUGAAUUUAAAGCUUUCCCGGAUAACUAUCAGGUUACUUAUUUGGAACAUGUUCAAGAUAGCUUUCUGAUUAGUGUGGGAGAAUGUGUCGGGCAACCUAGUUCGAUCAAAAUAUGGAAUUUGAAAAAGUCCCCGAAACAAGAAUAUGAUUUUCAUUCUAUAUCAGAGGUGAAGAAUGGAAAUAAUACAUUUCCUAUAUCGGCAGUGUGCAUAUCUGAAGAUUUAUCAUGUUUUGUUCUUGGAUUCGUGAAUGGAAGGAUUAUUCUGGUGCGAGGUGAUCUUUAUCGGGACAGAGGAUCGAGACAGAGAAUCAUCUAUGAAGACCCACAUAAUGAACCGAUUACAGGAUUGCAUUUAAAUAAUGAUUGCUCGAUGUGUUUCGCUUCCACUACUUCUAGGAUACUAGUGUUCAAAACUACAGGAAGAAACAGUGGGGAGCCCGAGAGGGUGCUCAGCAGCACAACUGGAGUUGAUCUAAAUUGCUGUUCCUUCAGUCGAACAAAAGAUGAGCUGAUAUGUUGUCUAGACGAUUCAAUUGAUUUUUAUCAAGUUACAGGGGAGAAACGCUCUUUAGUCACUGAAAAUCCAUUGAAAAAAAGAAUCUUUUGGAUCAAUGAUGAUCAUCUUUUAAUAGUAUUGGGGGUUAACACUGCAAAUACAACUGCCUUAAAAUUGAAUCAGAAAGCUGAUGUUACAAAUCGAAUAUUGAUUUUGGAUUUAAAGAACAAGUUAAUUGCUAUGAAUUUCCUCCUUACAAGUAACAUAGUUCAUAUAUACAGUGAUACCAUUGACGGCGUUUAUUCAAUUUAUUUGGUAACAACAGAUGGCAUUAUAAACAGGAUUACUGAAAAAGCGAUCGAUAAGCAACUCAAAAUCAUUACCCAACGUGAGUUGUAUCCUGUAGCACUUGAUAUUGCUGAACAGCAUUCUGUCCCAGAAUUGGUUAUCCAAGAAAUCCAUAGGCAGUAUGGGGAUUAUUUAUACAAGAAGAACAUGAAAGAGGAAGCAGUAGCGCAAUAUAUUCAAUGCCUUGAUGUUACUGAGACAAGUGAGAUCAUAUCGAGAUUUGGAAUUCAAAAAUCUUCUAGAGCUGAUGAUUCAAAGAAUCUAGCCACAUAUAUUUGGUCUAUGAUCAAACAAGGCGUUUCCAAUUCUGAUCAUGUGACUCUACUGUUAAUAAUUCUUAUUAAACUAAGAGAUAUCGAUGGCAUUGAAUAUUUUAUUUCCCAUUUCAGUAGAAACGGAGAGUUUGUUGAAGAUGGAGAAUCUGAAAAUGAUUGGUCUGUAGAUGAUGAAUCGUACUUUUAUUCAAACACUUCACUAUUUGACUUACGAACUGUUUUACAGUUGUUUCAAGAGUCGAAAAUAGAUGCCCAAGCCUUCAAAUUGGUUCAUAAAUUUUCCAAAGAUCCUAUACAAAUCGUUGAUGUCAUUUUAACCACGUUAGAGGAUCCUCAUUCAGCUUUAAAAUAUAUCAAAAGCUUACAUGUAGAUGACACACUCCGUGUGAUGAUCGAAUUUUCUAAAAUAUUACUAGAAAAAUUACCAAAUGACACAAAUGCAUUGUUAAUUGAUGUGUUUACAGGGCGGUAUCAGCGAUUGACCUGUAAUGUUAACAUCCUUGAAGAGAAGAAAAGUGUUUCAAACAAUAACCCGGUAUUUCACAGUUACAAAGCAUUUGUAACUUAUAUGUAUUCAGGUACUGGUGAGAAUUCCAAUUCAGAAGAAGUUCAAAAGCCUACAUAUCAUCCACCCAAGCCGUCUCUAGUAUUCACCUCUUUUAUUGACCAUCCGUUUCAGUUUGUGGUCUUCCUAGAAGCUUGUUUAGAGAGCUACAAUAAAUUCCAAGGUUUUAUUAGAGACAAACAAGAGAUCUUAACAACGCUUUAUGAUGUGUACUUAUCCCUGGCACAAACAGCUGAUAAUAAACACAAAGAAGAGUGGCAUUCAAAAGCAAUGGGGGUCUUUAAAGAAAGCGAAAGACUCGUUGCUGGCAGUAAGUCUUCAGAAAGUUCAAAGGUUUCCGGAAAUGUUGCCUUUGAUAACUCUCUAAUGGUUUUAAUAUCUCACAUCAACAAUGUUGAUUUAUAUUCAAUAGCAGAUUACGAAGCUUCUGACGGAAAAUCUGAAACAACUUCCUUGAACAAAACUAACUUAAGUACUACCUUCAGAUCUAUGUGCCUAACGAAAGAUUCUUUGAAAUGUAUGAACUUCCUGGAGAAAUAUGGCCGCACUGAGCCAGAACUAUACCGAAUGUCGUUGAGUUUCUUUCUCUCUUCUAGGCAAAUAUAUGAAGAUAUUGGCGGAGAUCUCGUGUUUAAGGAAAAAGUUCUUGACAAAGUCAUUGCAAUGGAUCUACUUCAACCCUUAGACAUUCUCCAGAUUUUGAGUUCUAGCAACAUAGCCACCUUCGGCCUUGUCAGAGACUUUUUAAUAAAUCAUAUCAAGUCUCAACAGAGAGAAACUCAGAACAAUGAAAAGCUAAUAGCGUCAUACCAACAAGAAUUGGAAGAAAAAGAGGAACAGCUCUCAGCACUGUUAAAUGGCCACGACCCAAUACAGGUCAAAGUUAAGAACAAUUUUUGCACGAUGUGUCAUACCGCCCUCGACCUCCCUAUCAUAUUUUUUAAGUGUGGUCAUAUUUUCCACCAGCGAUGUCUCAGCGAAGACUCAGAAAACGAAGACAAGGACAGAAUCUAUAAAUGCCCUAACUGUGCAGUCGAAAUGGAGAAUUCUGAAAGCUUAUUGGAAUCUCAGAGGAAUGUAUCAAUGAAUGCCAACCUACUAAGAGCUGCCUUGUCUAAUGAAGAUAAUCAUAAAGAUAGAUUCAAAGUCGUUUCAGAGUUCAUUGGGAAGGGCGGCUUGGAAAUUGAUACAAUAAAUUCGUAA